AUGGUAUCCCAAUUAUUCAAGCAAGGAAGUGGUCGAAUCUAUUUCUCAUGCCUCAUUAUCUGUGUCCUCUACUUUAUCUUCAGCACCUCUACAACCUCAAUCUCUCGAAUUUCUACCUACGAACCAAUAUCUACAAUUGGGCAACAACGAACGCCCUCUUUCAAUACCGACCGAGGCACAUCUAGCCAUCAAACGCUUCCCGGUGUGGCUAACGAACUAUUGGCUCUGCCCAGCAUUCAAGGUCUAAACGAGUUGAGAAUGGAUAUGGCUGAUGUAUACAUCACCGCAAUCAUGGACCCAAAAGACAUAUCCUUUAACAGGUUAACAUGCUCGAGCCCCAGCGAAGAACGUUACAUGGGACUUCGGGGACCUACCGUCAUUAUAGACACACCUGACACUAUUUUACCUCGAUACUUCUUUGCACUCAAUCUCUUCAAUUGCUCCUACGUACUCCCUAGGCUUCUCGGCUCAAUUAUUGAAACGAUGGAAUUCCUCGGCCCAGGCAACUGUGUUUUGUCCAUCGUCGGUGGAAGAUCAGAUGACGGAACUACCGAGAUUUUAACUAAGCUAAGGAAUAAAGUUGUGGAAAUGGGAUCGCAGUACUACUUCACCACGAGCGAUAUCGAUCCAUUAAAGGAAGGCCACGACCGUGUUGUGGAGUUAGCAAAAUUGAGAAAUCUUGCCCUGGAUCCUCUGAUGCUUGCUCCCGAGGCUCAAUCCCCCGACUCAACGGUUAUCUUCUUGAAUGAUGUGGCUAUCUGCGCGAACGACAUUCUUGAACUCGUAUACCAAAGAGUGCUUCAAGAUGCACAUAUGGUGUGUGCACUCGACUGGAUUAAUGAAGGAAGUUCAUUCUACGACGUAUGGGUUUCGCGCGGUAUGACAGGAGACUUAUUCUUUGAGAUUCCACAAAGUGGUAGCUGGGAAUUCGCUAGAAAUCUUUUCUGGAAUGAUCCAGCUUCUCGAGCUGCCUUUGAGGCGAAAAUUCCAUUCCAAGUGUAUGCCUGUUGGAAUGGGGCCGUUGCAUUUACCGCUAAGCCGUUACUCCUUCGUCAAGUCGCCUUUCGGUCUUCUCGCGAGAAGGAGUGCUAUAUGGGCGAACCAACUCUAUUUUGCAAAGACUUAUGGGCCUACGGGUACGGUCGAAUCGCCGUCAUUCCCAGCGUCAAUAUCGGUUACAAUGACGAGCAGUCACGCUUUGUUAAGGAUGCUCACGGCUAUGUUUCCGAUAUUAUUCAAACUACCGAAGUUGAGCAGAAAAGGCCAGCCCUUAUUACCUGGAGAGCAGCACCACCUAAGUUGAUCAAAUGUGAGCCAGAUUUUAACAAUCCAACUUGGGUUCCCGAGAAGGCAGAAUAA